CAUACUCCCCAACGCCACGCCGGCCCCACUAGGCCUCUAGGGGGCAGGGCCCAUCUUGCGGGCGACUUCCCGGGCCCGCCCCCCUCGGCUCCCGAAAGCUAAAGCGUGGCAGGGGGCCGGGCUGGGGAAGCGGAGGAGGCGGGUCUCCAUAGAAACGUCCACCUGUUUCCGGCCAGGCUGUGCAAGAUUAGGGGCUGCUGCGGGGGCCAAUCUCAGCUAGCUCGUCUUUUCCCGGCGACCUCUGCGGGAGCGGUGGGUGUUGUACACAAUCAUCAUGGCGGCGGCCGGAGCCCCGGAUGGCAUGGAGGAACCUGGCAUGGACACGGAGGCCGAGACGGUGGCGACCGAGGCCCCCGCGCGGCCCCUAAACUGCGUAGAGGCCGAAGUCGCGGCGGGGCCGGCGGCGGUCGAGGACUCCUGCGCUGCGCGAGGCAGCUUGCAGCCGGCCCCGGCCCAGCCCCCUGGGGACCCCGCGGCCCAGGCCUCGGUCAGCAACGGCGAGGACGCGGGCGGCGGCGCGGGCAGGGAGCUGGUAGACCUGAAGAUCAUCUGGAACAAGACUAAGCACGACGUGAAGUUUCCCCUGGAUAGUACAGGCUCCGAGCUAAAACAGAAGAUUCACUCCAUUACAGGUCUCCCUCCUGCCAUGCAAAAAGUCAUGUACAAGGGACUCGUCCCUGAGGAUAAGACAUUGAGAGAAAUAAAAGUGACCAGCGGAGCCAAGAUCAUGGUGGUUGGCUCCACGAUAAAUGAUGUUUUAGCCGUAAACACGCCCAAAGAUGCUGCCCAGCAGGACGCAAAGGCUGAAGAGAACAAGAAGGAGCCGCUCUGCAGGCAGAAACAACACAGGAAAGUGUUGGAUAAAGGAAAACCCGAAGAUGUGAUGCCAUCUGUUAAGGGUGCCCAGGAGCGCCUGCCCACGGUCCCCUUAUCCGGCAUGUACAACAAGUCCGGAGGCAAAGUGAGGCUUACCUUCAAGCUAGAACAAGACCAGCUGUGGAUCGGCACUAAAGAUUCCUGGAGGGAACCGAACAUGCCUAAUUCACCUGUUUCUGGCCAGCACUGUAGGUAUUCAGUGUUCGAGAGCGGACUGAGAAAUUGCCCAUGGGCUCCAUUAAAAAUGUGGUCAGUGAACCUAUCGAAGGACACGAAGACUACCACAUGAUGAGCCGUUGGAGUAUUGCUUUAUGGAGCUCAGUAAAUUUGCUAGAAUGAUCUUGAGCUCUGGCUCCUGACCGUGUCUGCAUGGAGACCUUGCUGGGAGCGCUCGGGAGAGCAGAGGUGGACAGCACCAGAAGCCGCUGGGAGAAGUAUUUGAUUUAGAUCCAUGUCCGGGUCACAGCAGUAUUCACGGGUUUGUCACUCGGUCCCAUGAGCGGUCUCUUCCUAACCUUGUUUGUGGUCCAGAAUAUACCAAGUCUGUGUUAGCAAAUGAAGUAUUCGUCCCCCUUGGUGGCAUCACAGUGUUCAUUUUUCCUGAGGAUUAUUUCCGUGCAGCGCCUUCCCUGUUGGAAGGGACUGGUUCCUUCCCUGGGGUCGUGCCCUGCAGGUGGGUGGCUUCAGAAGGAGCUGGUUCCGAGGAGGGGCCAGCAGGCAGGGAGCAGGCUUGCGGGCUCGCCAUCUCUUCCGUGCCGGGUGCCUCCCGGGCCUCCUGAGGGGCUGCUUUCCCUGUGGGUCUUUGCCACAGACAUCAGGUAUCCCUUCCCUCCCCGAGGCCACUUGGGCGAGUAGUGAUAAGGUUACUGCUGCCAGGGCUCCAUCCCUCACAGCUCUGUUUCUGUCCGUCUGGUCAGAGAACUUAGAAAAGCAAACUCACGAGUUGCUGAAGUCUGUGGUGUGAAGUAUUUUAAUUGAAGCUAGGCCUUUUGCAAGUCGUGUUCACUCUUUGCAGAUGGGAUUGAACCAAGGAUGCCCCUGCAGACACGGUAGGGGCCACCGAGGCCUCAGUAGAUUCCUUAGUGGCUGCUCUGCCUGACGAGGGCCAAAGAGACCAACUCUGCCACUUUGCCACAUCUCAGAAAAGUUGCCAUAUUUCAGCCAGAAGGGACUUGCUUUCCUCUUCUUCCUUUAACCAUGUGCCUGGAGCAGCCGUCCUGGGCUCUUGCACUUGGCCCACCCUUGCUUUGCUGGGGCAGUGAAGGGGAAGGGACGGACUCUGCCAGUCAGGGCCGUGCGAGGGCAGGCCUGCUUUCCACCCUGUCUUCUGAGGGGACCUCUCUCUUGCUCCUUGCUGCUCUGUUCAUGCCGGUUGUCUUGGAAAAAGGACAGUCCCUUUGUCCUAAGGCUUUGUGAGGAAGUCCUCUCCAUUUAGGAUUGGCACCUGUUUCCUUCCGAGUAGGUGCAGAACAUCUGGCACCUCUCCCUGCCAGGCUGGGUGGUUCUACUGCUUUCUGAAUUUCUAUAAACCUCUUUUCUUUCUCAAAGAGUUCUGCAGAAUUAUUUGACAAUAUACGUAAGUACCAUGUUUCCUUGUGGUGUGCGCUCUGUUCUGGUUUCUGUUUUUAAAUCAAAUGCCUGUUUGAGAGGAGAUGAACGUAUUUAGUCUAUUAGAUUUGCGCUGCUGGAUUUUUUUUAAAGUGUAACCUUGACUAGCUGUCUUAUUGUUUAUCCUGUAAGAUUAGUCUAUCAAUUAAAGUUUGAUAAUUAA